AUGGCGUCGGGGAGCCAUCCGAUUCUCUCCUCUGCUCCUCUGCAGAUUCUGCUCUAUCUAAACAGGUGGUACUUCGCUGCUUUCUACGUGGCAGAGAUACUUAUGUUUAUUUACAAAGGUGUGCUGCUGCCGUACCCCUCAGAGAACCUGGCUCUGGACGUGGUCAUGAUGGCGCUGUUUGCCGCUUUAGAGACGCUCCGGAUCUUCUAUGCGGAGAAGGGGAACCUGUGUGAGCGCUCGUUGGCCUCUGGCAUCUCCCUCCUGGUGCUGCUGCCCUCUGCUGCCCUCUGCGUGUACUUCCUUCUGCUGCAGACCUUCGUGCUGAGGCUGGAGCUGGUGCUGGGAGCGCUGCUGCUGUGCUUCCACUGCGCUGAGUUUGUGUUGGGUCUGCUCACACUCGCCAUGUUCUCCAGGUCCAGGGUCUACUGA